CGCAUUUCCUUUCUCAUGGGCUUUCGACAAGCAGCCGUAUUAGGCCCUGUCUGCUUCUUUCUCGGUGUCUUGUUCAUCUGCUUCAGCGUUGACUAUCGGGUUCUUUGGGGAGGACUUACGGAGGAAACUAUCCAAGAUGGAUUCCAGUUUUACACAACUUUUUUCAAUGCACCGCCCGCAAUCAAGGCUCUUCUACAUGGGAUGAUUGGAGUUGUCGUCGUGGGCCUUAUCGCCAAACUACACGCUUGGGAUGAUAGUGCUAUGUUUUUCGAUGGUUCAUGCAUUGCCACCAUGAUAUUUGCGCUUGCCGUCUACGUAACGGUCGUUGUGCCUAUGCUACGCACCAUCGUCACACCGCAAGCGGGGGACUCGAGGAGUGACCAAGUGGAGGCGCUGACAAUCCUUUCUGCGGCCAACAUUAUCAUUGUUGCGUGUCUGGCUCUUGUCCUUUUACUACAAGCUGGUCAGGAAUACGCGCGCCGGACUGACGCGAAGGAACGAGACACAUUAGAGUCCGAAGAGAAGAAGAAGAAACUCGAAUAA